AAAUGAGGAACCGAAGCUGCGCGCCCUCUGGCAAGAGGCACAACGCUUGCGCAGGGAGGUGGUCGCAGCACAGGCCGCAGAUCGUCCAGCGAGCGUUCGACGGCUGCGGCUAGCCGAGCAGUUUCAGGAGGACGCUAAUAUGCACGCAAGCACACGCAAAGUAAGUCGUGGUAACAUCAUAGGUCAUGAUGUUGAUGUAGGAGGCGAGGGCGACAUGCAACCAGGCAGUAGAGACUCGGCAAGAAGAGGCGUCGUAGACGAGGGCUCCUUCGACAACGAGAAUGGAACAUCAGCAGAGAAGAUGUCAAGGGAGAUCCUAGUAUCGUCGGGAGAAGCAAGCGAUUCUUUUAUGACAAGACAGUAGGCACUACACGAAAAACCGAACUCAUCCGUAGACGAGUUGUAUGCAGUCCUUUUAUUACUUACAUACACGCAAUCUUUCAGUCCAGAUCUAGACACGCAAUCUUCCAUUCCACAUCUAGAUUAGAACAAGGGCAACGGAAAGUGCCUGGUGAGGACGAGGCAUGCGAAUGCCGAUACUGAUGUUGAUACGGACUCUGUCGUGAGCCAUCCUUAUACAUUAUAUGAAUAUUAAUAUUACAACAGUAUAUUCUGCUGUGAAAGUUCUGAGUUCAAGGCUCUGAUAGAUGUUGUUCGUUCGAGAAGAUAUUAAGUCCUUUGGUCUUCCACGGUCCACCUCAAUAUUAUAAGGUCUCUAGGUCUCUAAAUCCAAUUCCUGCUCUUCAACCGGAUCGUCUACAUGCUCGACUUCUUCCAUCGGCAGCAAAAGACGUGAUAACGAGGACGAUGGGCAAUAUGCAGACUCUUCCAUCGGCAGCAAAAGACCUGAUAACGAUUGGCAAUAUGCAGACUUCCGUAAAGUUCUUCGAAAAACGCUAGAGUUUAUGGUGCCGAGAAAAAUGCGGUCCUCUGGAAUGCAAAGAACGCCUUUUGUCAUAUACUGUGUUGACACAACCACGCAUGGUGACUCACAUCACAACCAGUCUCUUGUCGUUCGAGAGAUUGCGCGGGCAGUAGAACUAGCGAAUUACGCAGAAAAUUCCAGACAAAAUGCCACAGCAAGUAGUGUUUCCUCGAAAAUAGCAUCUCGCGGACCACAUGAAGGUAGUUGUAUUCCCAAAAGAAUCGCCGUGAGAGUAUGGAACAUGCGGCCUACGACUCUCCUCAAGAAUCAACGUGAAAGUGGUGCCGCAACAAGCGCUGGGAGAAGAGCCUCAUUUGCAGCGAGUGUGGAAGAUAGGGAGGACGGUCAAGACGAAGGAGAGAUAGAGGUGCUGCUGGUCAAAAACUUUGUGGCUUCACGUGACUCGUUUUCACUUUUACGUGUGCUCGAUGAGCAGCAGAGUCAAAUUCAAAGACAGACAGGAGAUGAAGUUACCUCCAGUUCCGAAGGAGGUAUUAAGAUCAACAAACCACGUCGUAUUAUCGUUGUAUUUGCUACGACAACAGGAUUCCAGACUCAGACAGGAGGAGCCACAGGAGCCACUUCUUCUACAUCAGCUCUGACGCUUUGUCCACGUCUUGCGGAUUACGUGUCACUGCGCUUAGACACUCGCCACUGGAAUCAGGUGGACGUGGAUCAUCGUAGACGCGGCACCGAUACUACGAGGUCCAUCAAGAAUCAAAUGGACGUGAACCAUCAAACUGCUCACGAGGAUGCGUUAGCACUCAGGACCACAACUGCUCUUCCUUCUUCUUCCUCAUCUUCUCAGGUAAUAAAUGAGCAUGCGACUCGGAUCCUGGAAGUUCUGUGUUCUAGUAGUACUGUUGACGACGACAACGAGGAAAGCCAAAGCAUGACAUCGGCAAGGAGAAUAAGAGCGCUUUGCGAUGCACCACUAAUUUUGCCAUUGCUCCAGUACAUCGUGGCGCAUCGCAUGGACGAUGUCGUAGAAUCAGCUCGCACAUCUACUGUGGGGACAUCUUCAAGUGGUGGAAAACAGGGGAAGAACAAGUCCUUUAGCGCAAGCAAUAAGGUUAGUGAUCUUGGAGUACAAGAACAGCUACGAGAGAGAUGUGAUGCUCUGAUUGCACAGCAACUUCGCGUAAUGUUGCAGCGGGAAGAGGAUGAUGAACAGACGACGACAAGAAGUCUAAUUACAACUUCUACAGGCGCUAAUGUUAAGGGUACAACAAGAAACCCAUCGUCACUGUCAUCUUGGCCCCGUUUUUAAAGGGAAAAGGAGACCCAAGAUGCUGGUGAGGAUGGACCUCCAUCGGGUCUAAUAAUGCGGGCAAUUGCACACUUUACCCUCGUCUUGAUUUGGAUUUUCGAGACGAAGUGAUCACACUAAGGGAUGCAAAUGCAAUGAUCAACAAAAGCAGCGAAGAUAAGGAGGAGGAACAAGAUGUCGUUGUCCAAAGGGAGAGACGAGGCCGCCUCGUUGACAGCAUUGUUCGCAUUGUACACGCUUGCGUGUUACGGGCUCGCCGAUGGCAGUGCUGCAUGACCUAUUUAAGAAGAGUACCAGAGGAACUGAAAAAUGAAGGUAGCACGAGCACGACGUCUUCAUCUGGAGCAGGGGAAGGAACGCCAGAACUAUUGAAGCCCUCACUGAAGAGCCAUCAUAUUCUGCACGCUGUAGCAGAGGAGGAGGAGCAGGUGCGUAGCUUUGUCGAGAAAAUAGUACAUUCUUCUUGUUCUUGUUCUUGGAAGACUUCGCUUGGUCACCAAGAAUCAGAAUUACUGGCAGAAAAAGACGAAAUCAAUGAACAACGAGCUUUUGAGAAAAUGACGAAGUCCGUGGUUCAUCUGAGAGGGGGGAUACGACUUGCAUGCGAAAAUUUCUUCAGUGAUGAUGCGCAUUACGCCAACGGCGCUCCUUUACGAAAUGGUAUUGGCAGCGCUGGUGAAGAAGAUGAGAAUGAGGUAGCUGCUAGUCACGACAUGGACGAGGCGGUCGCAGGAGAGCAAGGAGAAAAAACAACAGCGGACGAGGAAGAGGCCAUGAGUGUAACUGCUACUGGUAAUGAGGAAGGGCAAGAGAAAAGGAGUGCAAACAAGCGCAAAGAAGCCGAGGCAGAGGGGAAGAAAGUAUCAGAAGAUGCUCGUUCAGCAGUCUUGCAGAUCACAGAUGAGAUAGGAAUUACUGUAGUCAUCAAGAACAGCCAGCCGUGACGCUGAAUCGAGAUUGAAGCUGUCAAGCUCUUUAUGAACAAUCACCUCAUACAAGAACCCAAAAAAGAUUUAGAUUAUGAGUACUUUCUUCCAACAAGUUUCAGCUUGUUGUGUACUUAGAUUUGAUGGAUGCGUCGAGAAGAUGAACAGUGACAAACUCACAACCACAAUGUAGCACACAUCAUUCAUUGGUAGAGAAUACUCGUCUUGAUGAUAGAGAUUGAUAGUACUUGUACUCAUUAGUCAACAAGUAAGGCAAGCACCGGAUGAAUGCGUCACGACGUAAGAUUACCGAGGGUGCAGUAGGAGUAGUAGUAUUAAUGCCGAUUUUGAAUUGGAUUAUCUUUUCGUAAUAGGUGAAUUUGAAAACAAGCUAGUACUUUUUUCAAGGAUCCAUUAGUAGGUGGAAACGAACUCCUAGUUUUUUUUCAGAGUACUUUAGAUCCACCGUUGAUAUUGCCUUGUCUCUCUAUUUCGACCAAAAGUGCAUGCAAUUCCAGUUUUCAGUAGUACUGCACGUGCACCAGUGCGAGUAGCAACGAGAGUAGUGACAUUGGUCUUUUGAGUUUUUCCACGAUGAAGAUCCAGCAAAAAGAAUGUUUUGCAGAUGAGUGUGCAAGUUGAAGCAGGAUGCUGCAGUGGGUAUUUAUAAAACCCCUUUGAACUGGAAGCUUUCUGACUCGGAUUGAAAAGAAGCCCUCCUUGUCCUUGUGUGCAAAUGCAAU